CUUUUGUGUCUCAUGGGCCCCUAUUAAACUAAAAUCAUUUGUGGGGUAACCCGGCGAUCCGACGGACAGCAAGACUGCGACGGCCACGUCAACGCGGACGGCGGUCAUAUCAACCACGGGCCAAGGCCGCGACGGGAUGCCGAAAAACUACAAUAACGACUACGGCCGUGCAACGAAAAGCAAAAAAAGGUUGUAGCGCCGCGGCGGAACAGGGUAACGAGUGUUCGGUGAUCAGCGUUCACCGACUAUCAAGUCAGCAGGCUGCCGUCAGCCGCGCGGUCUCGGUGUCUGACGGUUAUCGGCCGCUGACGGUGUUUCGGCAUCGUGUCAGCCUGAAAUCGUGCUGCCGCCGCCGCCGCCGCCGCCGUGACGAUGUGCGUAUCACCAACACGCCGCGUUAUCGGUAAUACAAUCUGUUGUCGGUAUGGUUUGUGAUAUCGUCCGAGAACCGUGUGAUGAUAGUACGCCGUAAACUGAUAAAUGACGUUUCGAUGCGAAUUUCAGAAUUCGUCGUAACUUUAGCGAUUGGGUGGGUUCUCGUGGAUUUUACAUUUCGUCGUACAUUUUCACGUCGUCUCGACGCGUUCGCGUCAGUCGGAAUCGUUUGUCCUCGAGAAGACGUAUCUCGAACGAGUCCGUCCGAACGGAAUAUAUCACACGACUAACGUCUGCGUCGUAAUUGCCAUAAAAGCAAUACUAAUUCGGCACGAUCGACUCGUUAUUUUGUGGGCACGCCAAUCAUGAGCAUGACGUACCAACAGUUUGUCGAACACGCUACGGACUUAAAAAAACAUUCGGACUCUAUAGACGACGGUUGGAAUUUUCGUGAAUACCGAUGCCCCGUGAACGAAAGUCGUAUCAGAUAUUUGGUAAAAAAGCAUAUUCAAAAAAUGAAUGAAUCUUCAUUGAAAUCUGAUCAUUCAGUUACAGAACACAAAAUUCCAAUUGUAUGUGAGUAUCACAUAUUAUACAAUCCAAGCUAUUCAUGUCCAGAUGUGUUCUUUAAUAUGUGGUAUACUGAUGGAAAGUUACUUUCAUUAGAGCAUAUUUGGUCACUGGUUCAUUAUUUUAUAAAAGAAAGUGUAGUUCAUGACAAGUGGAAUGCUAUAACUCAAGAGAUGCAUCCAUUUUCCAGUACACCGUUUUUCAGAUUACAUCCUUGUAAGAAUACUCAUGUUUUGGAAAUGUUGGGUUUUUCUUCAAAAAAUAACUAUGAAUUCAAUCCUCUAAUAGCAUGGUUAAGUACUAUAAGUCCUCUCAUUGGUUUGGAGAUACAUCUUUCAUAUGGAAACAAAGACUCAAAAGUUGAAUUUACGUAAUUUGUAUUUCUCUUAGUUUUUAUUUUUCUAAUUAUAUUUUAUAUUGUUAUUUUAAUUAUUAAUAAUGAAAUAUGAAAUUGUAUUUUAUUCCAAAUGAAUUAAGACUGAAUGUUAAAUAUUGGCAUGAUUAAGACGGCUUGGAAAAAAUUUGAUCCGAUACAAGAUAUAAAAUAUGCACUAUAAAAGUGGCAUUUCUCAGAUUUUAUUAAAAUAAAUUAGCUCUUCCCACCAAAAAACAAAAUUACUGAGUAUUUGCGCCCAAACCAUUAAAAGUGGACUCAAACUGUUUGAGCUCAUGCAAUGAUUACAUAACUAUUUUAAUUUUGAAUUUUACUUUCAUUUAUUUUUAAGUUUAUUUCUAUUAUAUUAUGUUGUAUAAUGUAUAUUAAUAUGUUUUAAUAAAAUUUUGUUUUUUUUAUUUUA